AUGGCUGUUAUUCCCCACGCAUUGGUUCCCGCUCGUACACGGCUAGCUGGGAUUGUCGUCACUGCCCCUCGUGUCCUUUUGUCCUCAUCAAUCAGCUUGUACUCUAGCUCUACUAGCUCGGCCCUCAAGAUUUCCACAGUAGAACUCACAGCCCGGACCAUAUCCAAUCAAAGACGCCGGUGA